AUGGAGAUACAAAUCCUUGAUUUCUCUCUGGUUCCCUUAGGCCUUGGUUUACUGCUAGCUUACCACAUAUGGCUUCUCCAUCGGAUCAUAACUCAUCCGGCGAGCACGGUCAUCGGUAUCAAUGGCAUCGGCAGACGCUUAUGGGUCCAAACCAUGAUGGAGGACAUGUCCAAGAAUGGAAUCCUUGCCGUGCAGACGCUAAGAAACAAUAUAAUGGCAUCGACCGUUUUGGCAUCCACAUCGAUCACGCUCAGUUCCGUCGUGGCCAUUAUCAUGGCCAACUGGAAAGCUAGGCCAUCAGAAACUUUUCUUGGAGCCCAGACAGAGCUAGGGUUUUGGAUCAAGUUCUUCUCCAUUUUGGUCUGCUUUCUUUUAGCUUUCUUGUUCAAUAUACUGUCCAUAAGAUAUUACAGCCAUGCAAGUAUAUUGAUCAAUGUUCCUGUGAAGAAGAUGAUGAGUCCACAUUUGACGGCAGAGUAUGUGGAGAAGACUGUGAACCGUGGGAGUUGUUUCUGGUCACUUGGCUUGCGGGCAUUUUACUUCUCUUUCCCACUGUUUUUAUGGCUAUUUGGUCCUAUACCUUCCUUUUUGUGUUGCGUUGUGCUGGUUUCUACGCUUUAUUUUCUGGACGUAACUAUUGACUUUGGAGAGAUUUUGGGAGUUGUUGAUGACAACGACGAGGAAGCAGGAAGAUAGAUGUGGGUAUUUCUUUUUUCUCCCCAAUUCUAGAAGUACUUUCUUUUGUUUUUG